AUGUCGGCAGCCCAAUUACUGAAUCCGAAAGCAGAGUCGAGACGGCGGGGAGAGGCGUUGCGAGUGAACAUUUCUGCCGGAGAGGGUCUACAAGAUGUGUUGGCUAGUAAUCUGGGGCCGACAGGCACACUGAAGAUGUUGGUGGAUGGUAGUGGCCAGAUCAAAUUGACCAAAGAUGGCUCGGUGCUAUUGAAAGAGAUGCAGAUCCAGAACCCCACCGCCGUCAUGAUCGCCCGAGCAGCAACAGCACAGGACGAGAUCACCGGCGAUGGCACAACGAGUGUGGUGUUGAUGGUGGGAGAACUGCUCAAACAAGCCGAUCGAUACAUCCACGAGGGACUCCACCCACGAGUCAUCACCGACGGCUAUGAACUCGCCAAGAACGAAGCCCUGCGCUUCCUGGACGAGUUCAAGCUCCCACGUGACGUCGACCGGGAGCUCCUUCUCUCCGUCGCCCGAACAUCCCUCUCCACCAAGAUCAACCCCACCCUCGCCGAACAGCUCACUCCUUCCAUCGUCGACGCAGUCUUGGCCAUCUACCAGGCUCCGGCGAAACCGGAUCUGCACAUGGUCGAGAUCAUGACCAUGCAGCAUCGCACAGCAGCCGACACACAACUUAUCCGUGGCCUGGCACUGGACCACGGAGCGAGACAUCCCGAUAUGCCCAAAGAUGUCAAGAACGCUCAUAUCCUCACCCUGAACGUCAGCCUGGAGUACGAGAAGAGCGAAAUCAACAGCGGCUUCUACUACAACUCCGCCGAGCAGCGAGAAAAACUCGUCGAAUCCGAACGGCGCUUCGUGGACGAAAAGUUACGCAAGAUCGUCGAACUGAAAAAGGAAGUCUGCGGCGACGACCCCAAAAAGGGUUUCGUCAUCGUCAACCAGAAAGGUAUCGACCCGUUAUCCCUCGACGUCUUGGUUAAAAACGGCAUCUUCGCCCUCCGCCGCGCGAAAAGAAGGAAUAUGGAACGCCUCCAACUCAUCGUCGGCGGCAUCGCACAGAACUCUGUCGAGGACCUCCGUCCCGAAGUCCUCGGUUGGGCUGGCCAUGUCUAUGAGCACCAACUCGGCGAGGAGAAAUAUACAUUCAUUGAAGAAGUCAAGGAGCCGAAAUCCGUCACUUUACUCAUCAAGGGUCCCAACCCUCACACUAUCAGUCAGAUCAAGGAUGCGGUCCGCGAUGGGUUGAGGUCCGUGUAUAAUAUGAUUGUCGAUGGGAGUGUGGUCCCUGGUGGUGGGGCCUUUCAGGUCGCCUGCGCGGCGAGGUUGAAUUCCGAUGAGUUUCAGAAGUCGGUCAAGGGGAAGGCGAAGUGGGGGGUGAUGGCUUUUGCGGACGCGUUGUUGGUUAUCCCUAAGACGCUGGCGGCGAAUAGUGGGCAUGAUAUCCAGGAUUGUCUCGCCACCCUCCAAGACGCCCACCGCGAAGGCCACAUCGCCGGUCUGGACCUCGCGCUCGGCGAACCGAUGGAUCCUGUUCAAGUGGGGGUGUAUGAUAGUUUCCGCGUGUUGAGGAAUUCGAUCGCGAGUGCGACGGGGAUUUCGUCGAAUUUGUUGUUGUGUGAUGAGAUGCUCAAGGCGAGGCAGAUGGGGAAGAGCGGGCCGCCUGGGGGUGGUGGUGGUGGCGACGAAGGCGAAUGA